GCAAUGAGCUACGGGCGCUGCGGAGGGUCAAAUCUCGCGCGGCGCGCUGAUGUGUGCGGAAGUGCCGCUGAUUCCGAUGCUAACAUCUGGAGCCGUUUUCUUGCCAAGAUCCCACGAGCGGAUCACAGAGAGGGAUCAACAGAGAUGGAGGGCAAUUUGACGCUGCAUUUGGCGAAUUUCAGCACUCUGUUCGUGUGCAUGGUGCUGAAGUUCCCGCAGAUCUUCGUGCUGAUGCGAGCCAGAGCCACUUCUGGAGUCAGUCUGAACAGUCUGCUGCUCGAGCUGCUCGGGUUUAUAGUGUUCAUGUCCUACCAGAUGUAUUAUGACUACCCACCGCUCACAUACCUGGAGUAUCCCAUCCUCAUUGCACAAGAUGUCAUUGUGCUCCUGUUAAUCCUGCACUACAACAGGAACAUGAAACACAGCCUCAUAUACGCAGCACUGUUCGUGGGUGGAUGGCAGCUGCUUACGGUACAGAAGUGGGUGAUUGAUCUGGCCAUGAGUUUGUGCACUUUCAUUAGUGCUGGCAGCAAACUGGCACAGCUUCAGUGUCUGUGGCGCUCAAAGGACUCCGGGCAGGUCAGCGCUCUCACCUGGGCUCUGGCCACAUAUACGUGCCUGGCACGGAUCUUCACCACCGUCAUCACCACCGGAGACACGCAAGUUCUCAUACGGUUUGUGGUCAUGAGCGUUCUGAACAUGUGGGUCACAGUCACUGUCGUCUACUACAAACCUCGUGCAGUGAAACAGGAUUAAGAGGAUGCAGCUUUCUGCAUACGGUUUAUCUCAUUGUUUGCUGUUGGAGUUUUGUUUUCUUUGUAGAACUAAACUAGAUUUAGGUCAGGUGCUAUUUGAGAGUAGCGCUUUCUAUAUUGCAAUUAAAACCAAAAAUCGUAUCAUAAUGCUCCGGUUUUCCCAGUUGACGUAUAUUAGACCAUUUUUAGCUAGUUUUACACUAUUUAUGGUCAGCUUAAAGUUUUCCACACGUUUAUUUAGCUUCUUUGCAAGCACUGGUAUUUUCUUCAGAACAUGCAGAUCUCUUAUGUAUUAGAAUGUGUGUCCGUGGGAUUAAAUCUCAUUUUCCCAUGAAGUAAAACGGAUACGAAUGUUGUAGACUCACAAAUGAUGAAUUGCAUUUGAUAUAAGUACAUAUCAGAAAUCGGACCAAAUAUGUGAUGCGUUAUAAAGCAGUAAAAACAUUCCUAUCCUUCACUGAUUCCAACACUUUCUUAUAAUUCCUGGUAGUUUUCUCGCCUGUAACUCUCUGCAUUUGUACAUGUUCAGAUAUACUGUUUUUAAAGUUGUUAUACUGUAACAAAUAUUUUUUUGAGCAAUUUUCAAGCUGAAGAGCUGUUAAAAUUGUUUAAUAUCAGGUUGCUGAACAGGCCGUUUACUGUAGUUCACGAAGGGGUGAUGUUUACAAUACGCUGAAAUAUGCACUAUUUUUAUACUAAGCUUCAUCUAUAUUGAUCUGUAUUAUACAUAAUGAACACGUGGUUAUCAUUAAUGCAAAACUAAUCAACUAUAGGACUCUGAAGUGUUCUAGUACAAGAUUAUAACUUGAAAAUAAAUGAUUUCAAUGACUAUUAGGUCUAAAGCACAACUGAAUGUUUUUGUGAGUACUUAAUAGAGGUUCCUUUGUAUUUUAUAAAUCAAUAAACAUUCCUUUUGUGUGACAAUGUG